AUGCCAAAAUCGAAGCGAGCUACGAUUGUCCCACUUACGAAGACGCGUUCGAAAACGCGUGAGGAGAAGGAUGAACUUAUCAACAAAAUUCGCGAUGCACUCGACGACUACACGGAUGUUUAUACAUUCGAGCUCUCUAACAUUCGCACGAACAUCCUCCAGCAAAUACGCGAGGAAAGGCGCAAUGACAGCCGCCUCUUUCUCGGAAACAACAAGCUCCUUAUGAUCGCUCUUGGCCGAGACGACUCCAGUUCGCAGAGACCUAACCUACAUAAGCUCAGUAAGUACCUUACCGGUUCAUGCGGACUGCUCUUUACCAACCUCCCUCAUCAAGAUGUGAAGGAGUACUUCAAGGGUGUCAGUGCGGACGUGUUUGCUCGGACUGGGCAAGUUGCAACUUGUCCCUUGCUUUUGCGUACGGGGCCUCUCGCACAGUUUCCACACAGCAUGUUUGAUCACCUCUCACGUCUCGGGCUUCCCAUCAAACUGGACAAGGGGGUCAUUGUUCUGCUGCGCGACACGACAGUGUGUGAAGUGGGCGACACUCUUACGGCGGAGGCUGCUCAACUUUUGAAGUUGUUUGGCAUUCAGUCAGCGGAGUUUAAACUAGAGCUAACAGCCCAUUGGGCGAAGGGUGUCGUCAAACGAAUGUCAAAGAAAAAGAAGGAGGAAGAAAAUUAA